AUGCCGAAAGAAUCAUCCGCGAGCGAACUAGACGUUAUUUUCGAGCGUCAAAAUGAACUCUACAGUUCAAUUUCUCGCGCAGCUGAUAAUGCUCGUAAAUUGGCCAUACCCAAGCGAACUUCUGGCCAAUUCGCCGCUCGUUUAGAGAGAUUGACCGAUAAUUGGACCGAAUUUAGUAAAAACCAUCGGCUCUUAAAUCAAUAUCGGUCAAGUUAUUCAGAAACCGUAUACUUCUCAGAUGAUUUAUAUAAUUGUUGUGAAGAGAGUUACAUAGACUCUAAAGCCGUUAUCAUAGAUAUGCUAAACGACAUAAAAAAACCUUCAGAUGCUACGGUAUCUACUGCUCCGGAUGUCGUCGAGUCGCGUUCCAAGCAGCUUCCGCGCAUUAGUUUACCAACAUUUAGCGGGCGGUACGCGGAUUGGACGCAAUUUCGCGAUCUUUUUGUAACUAUGGUAAAGGACAACGCCUCUUUAACAAAAGUAGAGAAAUUCCAAUAUCUCAAGAUGAGUUUAGAAAAAGAACCCUCCAAAUUAGUUAAAAAUCUUCUUAUUACCAACGAUAAUUUCGACGUCGCGUGGACACUGUUGGUAGAAAGAUACGAAAACUUAAGAAUCUUAAUUGACACCCAACUUACCAUUCUGUUAUCCAUCAAAGCUCUUAAAACCGAGUCCUCUGUUGAGCUCAAUAUGUUAAUCUCGGAGGUAAAAGAGUCUCUCGGAGCGUUGGAAUCUUUGGGAUGUCCAGUUGAUCAUUGUGAUCAUCUCUUAAUACAUAUCCUCGUGAGAAAGCUGGACUGCGAAUCGAUCAAAGAAUGGGAAAAGUCGAUAACUGAUCGUAAGGUUCCGUAA